GGUGUUUAGUCCUCCGCUGAGCAGCCGCAGCUGAACCGGAGUUUCACACCUGACGGACUCACCGGGACCAGCGGAGAGUUUCCCGGAGCGGGUUGAGGACUGAGAUCAGACCGGGUUUCGCUCCGAAGCAGCGAGCUGCAGACCAGCGAGCGUCAUAUGAACAUCUCCCAUGCCAGUAAAGCGCCACUUAACUGAACUGAAUCAAAACUAAUCUGGAAGCAGAACUCGGUGAUUGUGGAACAUCAGCAGCUGCAGAGAGCUUGUGAUUGAUUUCACAUAUCUGACAGUGUUUGGACUUGUUGGCAGCAGCUACAGAAAAACAGACGAACAUGACAGAGCAGGUUUCCACAGCAGGAUGAAGAUUCUACCCUGAACGUCGCCUCAGUAUGACAUCAUCAGGGCCUGUCUCCUCCUCCCUCCCCCUUCACCAUCAUCAUCGUGACGUCUGGUUCUGGAUUGGAGGAACGCCUCGUCAGUCCUCACUGUGGCCCCGCCUCCUGCUGUCUCUCUGGUUCUGGUUUGGUGGACAGGUGGCCCGGGUGGGCGCCUCCCACCAGCACUUCCACCCCCACUCCAUAAAGAUACCUGGUGACAUCACUCUGGGGGGGCUGUUCCCCGUCCAUUCCCGGGGCCCCCACGGUCUGCCCUGUGGAGAGCUGAAGAAGGAGAAGGGGAUCCACCGUAUGGAGGCCAUGUUGUACGCUCUGGACCAGAUCAACAGCGACCCCGAGCUGCUGCCCAACAUCACGCUGGGGGCCCGCAUCCUCGACACCUGCUCCAGAGACACCUACGCCCUGGAGCAGUCCCUCACCUUCGUCCAGGCGCUGAUCCAGAAAGACACGUCUGACAUCCGCUGCUCCAACGGGGAGCCGCCAAUCAUCCGCAAGCCAGAGAGGGUGGUGGGAGUGAUCGGAGCGUCGGCCAGCUCCGUGUCCAUCAUGGUGGCCAACAUCCUGAGACUGUUUGAGAUCCCUCAGGUGAGCUAUGCGUCCACGGCUCCGGAGCUCAGCGACAACAACCGCUACGACUUCUUCUCUCGGGUGGUUCCCCCCGACUCGUACCAGGCUCAGGCCAUGUUGGACAUCGUCAAAGCUAUGGGCUGGAACUACGUCUCCACGCUCGCCUCUGAGGGAAACUACGGGGAGAGCGGAGUCGAGGCCUUCAUGCAGAUCUCCAGAGAGGCUGGUGGGGUGUGUAUUGCUCAGUCGGUGAAGAUUCCUCGCGAACCGACGGCCGGAGAGUUUGACAAGAUCAUCAAACGUCUGAUGGAGACGAGUAACGCCAGAGGAGUGAUCAUCUUCGCCAAUGAGGACGACAUCAAACGUGUGCUUGAGGCGGCGAGGCGCGCUAACCUGACGGGUCACUUCCUGUUUGUGGGGUCGGACAGCUGGGGAGCAAAGAGUUCACCAAUCACAGAGCUGGAGGACGUAGCAGAGGGCGCCGUCACCAUCCUGCCCAAACGGGCUUCAAUAUACGGCUUCGAUCAGUACUUCAUGUCUCGUUCUCUGGAGAACAACCGUCGGAACAUCUGGUUCAAUGAGUUCUGGGAGGACGACUUCAGGUGUAAACUGACCCGGCCUGGAAUCAAACUGGACCCUGACAAGAAGAAAUGUACAGGUGAGGAGAGGAUCGGUCGAGACUCGAUCUACGAGCAGGAGGGGAAGGUUCAGUUUGUGAUCGAUGCAGUUUACGCCGUCGCUUACGCUCUACACAGCAUGCACCAGGAUCUGUGUCCUGGCAGCGCCGGAGUCUGCAGCAACAUGGACCCUGUGGAGGGACGCUUGCUGCUCAACUACAUCAGAGCCGUCAACUUCAAUGGAAGUGCAGGUACGAGUGUUAUGUUCAAUGAAAACGGAGACGCUCCCGGCCGCUACGAUAUCUUCCAGUUCCAGAUGACCAAUCACAGCAAUCCUGGUUACCAUGUCAUCGGCCAGUGGACCAAUAACCUGAGACUCAACUUGGAGGAGAUGCAGUGGUCUGGCGGAGAUAAAUCCGUCCCAGACUCCAUCUGUAGUUUUCCCUGUAAACCAGGAGAGAGGAAGAAGAUGGUCAAAGGAGUUCCCUGCUGCUGGCACUGUGAGCUCUGUGAUGGGUAUCAGUACCAGUGGGAUGAGUUUACCUGCGAGACCUGUCCCUCAGACAUGCGCCCUGCUCCCAACCGAACCGCCUGUCGUCCGACUCCGAUCAUCAAACUGGAGUGGAACUCCCCUUUCGCCCUAGUGCCUGCCUCCCUCGCCAUGCUUGGUAUCUUAGCAACUAGCUCUGUGGUGGUCACCUUCAUCCGCUUCAACGACACGCCCAUCGUCAGGGCGUCAGGGAGGGAGCUCAGCUACGUACUGCUUACAGGUAUAUUCUUGAUCUAUCUGAUCACCUUCCUAAUGAUCGCGGAGCCAGGUGUGGUGGUUUGUGCGUUCCGGCGCCUCCUGCUGGGUCUCGGCAUGGCCAUCACAUACUCUGCCAUGCUGACUAAAACCAACAGGAUCUACCGCAUCUUUGAACAAGGCAAGAGGUCGGUGACCCCGCCCAAAUUCAUCAGCCCCACCUCCCAGCUCAUCAUCACCUUCAUACUCAUCUCCGUUCAGGUCCUCGGUGUGUUUGUGUGGUUUGCCAUCAUCCCUCCUCACACCAUCAUCGACUACGAGGAGCUCCGCCCCCCGAACCCAGACCUGGCCCGAGGCAUCCUGAAGUGUGAUAUGUCUGACCUGUCAAUCAUCUGCUGCCUCAGCUACAGUAUCAUACUCAUGGUGACGUGUACGGUGUACGCAGUAAAGAGUCGUGGCGUUCCAGAGACGUUUAACGAAGCAAAACCAAUCGGUUUCACCAUGUACACCACCUGCAUCAUCUGGCUCGCCUUCGUGCCAAUCUUCUUUGGUACCGCCCAGUCCACUGAGAAGAUGUUCAUCCAGACGGCCACGCUGACGGUCUCCAUGUCUCUCAGUGCGUUCGUCUCUCUCGGGAUGCUCUACAUGCCCAAAGUUUACGUCAUCAUCUUCCACCCCGAGCAGAACGUCCAGAAGAGGAAGAGAAGCUUCAAGGCUGUUGUCCAGGCUGCCAGAGUAUCUCAAAAAUCGUCAAAUGAGAAACAGAACGGAGAGACAAAGAUUGAACCUGACAGAUCGCAGUAACACCGCAGUAAUUCUGCAGUAAUACUACAAAGUGCAGGUAGCAGCUGACCAAUCCCUGUCCAGGGCUCUGAUGACA